AUGGUCAAGAAUCUGGACUCCAUUCCCUACGAUGUCUUCUAUCAGGUGGCCUCCAGACUAGAUUGCCAUGACUACAUCCAUCUCAGCCGGGUCAAUCGACCCAUCAAUGUGCUGAUGAAGAAUGACUCGAUGGCACGGAACACGGUCAGAAGUGAGCUCCUGCAUACUAAGGAAGGAAGGGAGGCUGAUCAGGCUAAGACUGGUUACUGUGAAGCCCUUGGACGGUUGUACGACAUUAAGGAAUCCUUUGCAACUGCGGAACCUUACUCCGCUGUCAUUUUGGGCUAUGGCAGCUCUUUCCUCUAUGCAGGUGGCUCACUCUGCUAUAUCUAUAAUGAUGAAAUUCGUGCAUUGGAUGUGCAGGGUGCUAGUCGCGUCGAGCAAGUCCUGAAUCUCCCGAAAGUUAUACGGAAAGCGCUUCGCAACUCUAACCUGGAUACUGGAAGAAUCCGAGUCUCGCUUAUGAAUUACAGCGAAUGGGUAGUGGCCUUCUUAGUGGAAGUGGAUGAUGCGCGUGACUCUUGGUUGCUCGCGGUGGAUCUUAAGCGCCAAUCGAAUUAUGAAAAGUCCGGGCGAUUGAGAAUGCGAGCGCAUCUCGACUCAACCGAACGACUGUUUGAUCACCUUUACGCUAUCUCGACACUGGUUGAUUUUGAGGAAGAGGAAGUGGAUUGGACAUCCUACUAUGUAUGGAUGUGCUUACCACCCAGCCUCAAGAUAUCAAAGACUGCCCAGCAGCCAUUCCAAACCUGGCGUCGACAGCAUCGGGAAGGACCAAUAAACGAUACUUGGUCUGAUCUCUCGCUCAGAGAGGAUGAGGCCACUGGGCAGCUUAUGAUUCUGGAAUGCCGGCGAGAAUGGCGUGAUGGAGGAAGUGAGAAUUGUCGGACCUACUAUGUUCAGCCUCUUCCCGGGCCACACGAUAUUGGCAAGCAACAACCAGAGUCUGAUUACUACCUUACACCAACAUUACCAGACGAGCCGUUGACUAAAACCUUGGAUGAAUACAGCAAACCCCAUUACGAACGACCACGAAAGAGAUUGCGCAGACACUACCACCCUGAAUAUGACGGUGGCGUCGAACCCAAGCCUAGGCGUGACUUUAUCCUUGCCCGAACCAAGUUCCGCACAUACAACCCGUCUGCAUCGAGCUAUCUGGACCUUGUCAACGACCCACUUCCUGGCCGGACUGGUGGUGGCGGUGAUCUGGUUCCGCGAGACCGAAUACGGCUUCGUGUGGUUUCGAGGAAGCGAAAGUGUCCUAUUGACGAGGACGGUGUUGAAGAGCAGGCUGGGUUCCUGUUUAAACCCGAACUUAGUGAAGCAGACGGGCGGCUGGUUGAGAACAGUGAAGAACGCUUUGUCCCUCGGGGCAUGUAUCUCUGGCCGCCAGAUAGUGCGCCACAGGAGUUAAACCACCUACUUUGUCCGUCCAAAAGAACCGGUCAGAUCCAGGCUAUGGCUGAUGAUCGAUCCAUCGUGUACUCUGUCAACCAGGACGGUCUACAGGCUGACAAUCAGGCGCUCAUUCUCAUCAGUUUUGACCCUCUACUGCGACUUCCCGGGCUCCAACGCUUAAGCUUGGGUACUCAACCUGAGAAAACCAAGACUGCUAUUGGUAUUAAAAGGCCGCAGGUAGGGGAUAUUGGACAGGAACGGGCAGCCAUACACACAACAUUGGAAGGAAAUACGACGAACCAAAACAUGCCAUCUGUUCGGGAAGAGAGAGCCAUGUACCUUGACAUUAGCCGUGGCUUUUGGCUUCGAUGA